AUGACUGUUACUACAAAGUUUUCAAAGUUAGAGGCUGAGGCCUUGGAUCCAAUCAUUGCAACCAUGGCCCGGUAUGCUGCCGACCCUAACCCUAAUAAGAUGGAUGUUUCAAUUGGGGUUUAUAAAGCAGCCGAUGGGUCUUCAUUCAUGUUUCCUUCUGUUAAGAUGGCAAAGGAAAUCUACAACAAGGUUGAACCAGGUCAUAACUAUACAACUAUGAGUGGUUUACCUGAAUUCAUUCCUGUUGCUCAACAGACUGUUUUCGGUGAUAAGAUUGCAGGGGAAGGCAAACUUGCUACUAUUCAAACCAUUUCCGGUACGGGAUCCCUUCAUAUGGCAAUGUUGAUUUUGAGAUCCGCUGGUUACACUAAUUUUGCUGUUGGAACACCCGCAUGGUCCAAUUAUAUUCCAAUGGCUCAACACAUUGGAUGUACCACUUCCACAUAUAAAUACUAUGACGAGGAAACUAAAACUAUAGAUUUUGAAAGUGUUGUUUGUGCGAUUGAAGAAGCUAGUCCAAAGACAGUUUUCAUUUUGCAAACAUGUUGUCAUAAUCCUACUGGAGCGGACUUGUCUAAAAACCAAUGGAAGACCAUUAGAGAUUUGACUAUCAACAAAGACUGCAUGGUGUUGUUUGACAUAGCCUAUCAAGGAUUUGCAUCUGGUGACAAGGACGAGGAUGCAUGGCCAAUCAGAUACUUUUACGAAGCCGGGAUGGAGUUUGUUGUAUGUCAAUCAUUCUCCAAGAAUUUGGGCUUAUAUGGAGAGAGAGCUGGUGCUUUGCAUGUCGUUGUUCAAGACAAAGACAGCUUGCCCAUUGUGCAUAGCAAUAUGGUGAAGAAUUUCAGAGAAGAAUGUUCCUUUGGUCCUGCUUACGGAGCCAGAAUCGUCAGUACUGUUGGUUCAACUCCGGAGAUCAAGAAGGUUUGGGAUCAAGACGUUGCUGGUGUCGCUGAAAGAAUGGUUACUAUGAGAAGACGUAUUUUGGAUACCUUGACCAAAUUGGAAACUCCGGGGAAAUGGGAUCACGUGAUUAGACAAACAGGAUUAUUCUGGUUCUCGGGGUUAACGAAAGAACAAACAGAAAGAAUGAUCUCUGAAUACCACAUUUACCUUACUCAAAAUGGUAGAGUUAACGUUGCUGGUCUAAACGAUGCCAACUUGGACCAAUUUUGUAAGGCAUUGGAUGCAGUUGUUAGAAGCUCUUAA